AAAUUAAAUACCAACUUGCUGGCUGAUUCCAAUUUGUUUCAAGUUGUUUAUCCCGCUUAAGUGAUUUCGGUUUAGUUCAGUAGAUGCGAUUACCUAAAAUGAGCAGCUGCGUCUACAACGUAACGAAUGAUAUUAAAAACCAGAAGUUAAGCGGUCAAUGACAACCCUGCCUUGGCACUCAAACAAAAAAAGAGAGGAAAGUUCACUCAAAAUCGAGCUCAAUUGACAGUAUUAACUGUAAAUUACGAAGCGCAGAACUGUAAAUUUAUCUAUCCGCAAUGAGUAAAAACGAUCCGGUGCGUCAAGUGCUCGCCGACUUGAUUUUGGAGUCUAAGGCGCAGUAUUCGCCAGACGACAUCAUACGAGAAUUCCGGGCCACCACUGAUAAGCGUCUACCACUCCACGAGCUGCUCCAUAUGCUAAUUUCCAUCAGCGGGAGACGACCCAAUUGUGCGGACGUGACCAACGAAGUCACAGAUGUACUAAACAGGAGGGAUCCUAUGUAUGCAUUGCUCGUGUUCGUUGAAAGAUACAGUCCGAACGGCUUAUCGCCCAGAACUAUCGCGAAUCUUACCGCUAGAUCUGAGAGCAGCAGGGAGAUGCCAAACUUGCCGCUGGGAAUAUUUUCAUCCGGCUCAGCCUCUACCCUCAAUUCAGCCCCACAGUCAGCACGUUCAACCGAAUAUUCAUCAGGAUAUGCAUCAAGCGCUCCCCCUUCAGCUCAUUCAUCCGCACCUAAUACAGCUCAUUUAUCCGCACCAAAUUCAUCCUCAAGGAUAAGCUUGCCUCAGACACAAGACUUUCCCACUUCGACGCCGGUUAAUAGCAGGAAGCCCGGCGAUUCUGAAAGCGGCUCUGCCGGUGGAGGCUUCUCCAGGCGGCGCCCUAUUCAACGGAGUCAGGGAAACAAGGAGGGAAACAAAGAGGAUCGGGAACGAGGUGAAUUAAGUGUGAUUAAGGAACGCGUGAUGAGUGCCGUAUCUAACCAAUCGCUGAACAGUUACCGUUCGCUGACUAUCGGAGCGUCCAGUAGCAAAUCGUCUAACAAUAUCAGAACGCCAAUGUCCGUCGUGAUGCCGCCAACCGGCGUGCCAGACGAGUACCGCACCCAUUCGCUUUGGGAUUUCUACAAGGUGGACGGGAACAAGCUGCCAAAGACGGAGAUCGCAGCCUUGCCGAUGGCAAGCCAGCAGAAUGUGAUACUCGACGAACUGCUGCACUGCCUGACGGGUGUACGAGGGACUUUCAUAGUGCCCAUUCAGCCCGAUCCGACUAGUGAUGGUAUAGCCAGGUAUGAGACGAGCUUCGCAAUAAACAAGCAGCUCGAUCACUCGUUGGCAGAGCUGGUGCAGGACAUCUUGCCAUUGGCCUCUUACUUUAUUGGCAUUCAGAAGAUUAUUUCAUCAAGUGAUCACCAGGGUCAGGUUAUGAACUCGCUCAUCGAGGCACUGCAGGAGCUUACCCACGACUUUUAUUUGAUGAUCGUACAAACCGAAAUGGAGCUGCGGAAACAAGAGCUCACAUUACAGAAGUUGCUAUACUAUCUGCAACCGACGCUUUGGGUGAUGGAAGAGAUAUGGACUGCUUUGGUAGACAUUCAGCUAAACGGUCACCGCGGUGCCGCCGUGCUGACGUACUUACACGAGCGGAUCAAGCGUCUGGAAGGCGACCAGAUAGCGCAGCAACUUAUUAUCGGGCUGGCGCGCAAAGCGGCCGAGCCGUAUAUGCGAAUGCUGAAGCUAUGGAUCCAGAAGGGCGUGAUUGUUGACCGCAACCGGGAGUUUCUCGUGGAGGAUAACGAGGUAGUUCAUCGCGAUGAGAUGCCGGAACACUAUUCGGAUGACUACUGGGUUAAGCGUUACACAGUUCGCUCUGACAACAUCCCAGCGUUCCUCGAGAAAUAUUCGGAUAAGAUUCUGCGCACCGGAAAGUAUCUUAAUGUGAUCCGGCAGUGCGGCAAGCGGGUAAUGCCCACACAGGAGAUGCGCCUUGAAUACGAUCCGACCAGCGAGAGGCAUGUGUCCGUAAUUAAUGACGCUUACUACUUUGCCGCACGUAUGUUGCUGGAUGUGUUGCUAACAGAGAACGACCUUAUGGGCCAUCUACAGUCUGUAAAGCGUUACUUGCUGCUUAACCAAGGCGAUUUUACCAUGCAGUUCAUGGACGCCUGCGAAGACGAGCUCUCAAAGAACGUGGACCACGUGCUGCCCAUGACACUAGAAAACUUACUGGGGCUGACGCUCCGCCUUUCCUCGGCACGGAACGAUCCCUAUAAGGACGAUCUGCACUGUGAGCUUCUACCCUACGACCUAGUCACGCAAAUGUCUAAGAUAAUGAAUCAGAAGGAGGAGUACUGGCUGGCACAGAAACGCCUUGACCUCAGCGGCCUUGAGUGUUUCGCUUUCACUUACGAAGUAAAGUGGCCGGUCUCUCUGGUGCUUAACCACAUCGCCAUAUCCAAGUAUCAGAUGCUCUUCCGGCAGCUCUUUUAUUGCAAACACGUGGAGCGUCAGCUUUGCAAGAUUUGGAAAGAGAACUCGAUUGCCAAAAAAUUCUCGCCCCAAGCAGCCGAGCUAUAUCGAUCGGCGUUUACCCUGCGCCAACGCAUGAUGAAUGCCAUUCAGAAUCUGGAAUACUACAUGAUGAUUGAGAUUAUUGAGCCCAACUGGCACAUCUUUAUCGAAAAGAUGAAGAAAGUGGAGAACGUGGACAACGUGCUUCGACUGCAUCAAGACUUCCUCGACAUGUGCCUUAAGAACUGCAUGCUAACAGAGUCAUCGCAUCUGAAUCGCAGCAUUUUUAAAAUCUGCAAGCUCUGCCUUAAGUUCUGCGAUUUCAUUCAGCGGUCGCAGCGUUUCUUCCUGGAUGCCGAGCUUAAGUCGAUGGUAUGUGAUAACACCUCCGACAGCGCGGACAGCUGCGAGUUCGAGCCGGAGAGCAAGCAUCAUCCACAGUUGGAGAGCUCGUUGGAUCCAGCAGAUACGUUCUCGGAGCGCGUUAAACGUUUUGAUCUAGAAUUCACCGGCUUGCUGCUAUCUUUUCUCAAGCAAAUCAAUAGCAUGGCCAAAAAGAAUACCGCCGAUCGUUUCCUGAAUCUCGUGCAUCGCAUCAACUUUAACGCUUUCUACACGGAGCAGAUUGAUAAACUAUGUGUAAAGGAUGCCAUGGGCUAAAGACAAGUCGUUGGUCAAAGUCAGAAUCUGGAAGACAAAAAGAAAGUAUUAGAUAAAUGAAUUUAAAAAGCACCAAUUGGACAUUUAACGAAAAUGUUUCCCCAUCAUUCCCGCAUGUCUUCUUCUUUGCCAUUCUACAAAGCACAACACACAACUUGUUUUUCGUUAAGUUGUAAAACACUCGAAUAUUUAUGUACUAAUAUUAAUAAUAAAAACAAAACUUAAUAAGA